AUGGUCCGGCCUGCUCUGCUGGGAGGGUCUUUGGUUUCGGGCAAGCAGCGCCUUUACCAGCGUGAAGGAGGCAUUUUGCUAAGAUCCCCCCUCCCCGCCUCUCAUGCCCGACAGCCUCUCACUGUGACCCCGGAGCCGCUUCCGAGUGAAGGGUGCAGGAGCACGGAGCUGAUCCGGGAGGCGAUCUCAGAGGCCGGGUCAGGAGGCCCCGGCGCACGUGCCUUGGCAGGGCCUCCGAGAGAGCCCCUGCGGAGUGCUUACGAAGCCCCGGCCUCGAGGUGGCGAGCGCUGGUUGGACGGUUCCAGGAGCGGCUUCUGUGGCUGACUGUGGCCCCCUCAGUGCAGGCUGGAGCCCAAUCUGAGGGGAGGAGUCCACCCCGGCCAGCCACCCCGCCUCGCUUCUGCGCCUCCGCCCGGCGCCUGGAAGUGGGAUGCCGGACCCUGGAGGAGGACUUCUGA